AUGGGCGAAUCAAAACAAGCAGCAACUCGCUUCUUCGGAUAUCCUCGAGCUGUUGAGGCACCAGUGACCCCAUACAAAAAGAAGGAAGAUGCAAAUCCUGUGUUUACAGGUGUCCUGCUACUGACUGGCGCUUGGAUUGUUGCCAAAAUCCAGUUCCUCCAGCGCACGCUGUGGGCCAAUGCAGGUUUCAAUGGCCUUCGGGAACUACCAUAUCUGAAGGAUUACCGAGAAAGAUGGGAUCCAACUGUGAUACCAAUUUCUGAUUGCGGCUGUAAAUCCAACACCAAUGGCCUGGAUCCGAAGUCUUUCCCUAUCCUUCCAGAGGAUAUGCCUGGACGUUACCGUUCCGUUGCUGAGUAUCAUGCGCUGUACCUUUCAGGACAGCUCACACCAAUGGCCGUCGUUGAGUCUCUUCUCCCCCUCAUCAGAAGAGAAGCAUCUCCAAAGUCACAUCACUCAAUUGCAUUCAUCGACAGCAACGUUGACGAGAUCAUGAAAGAAGCGAGAGCCUCCACUCAGAGAUACAAAGAUGGCUCGUCUCUUGGAAUUAUGGACGGAAUCCCCACAGCCAUCAAAGACGAAACCGAUGUCGCUGGCUACAGGACCAGAAGUGGCCGUAAGCAGAAUGACAAAGUGUUCUCACUCGCCGAAAAGUCGUCAUGGCCUGUUCAGACACUCAGAGAUGCAGGAGGCAUUAUCCUCGGAAAGCUGAAUAUGCACGAGUUGGGCGCUGACACAACCAACAACAACCCCAACUGGGGAACUCCACGCAAUCCGCAUAACGAUCAAUACUAUACUGGUGGAUCUUCAGGAGGUGCGGCUUAUGUUGUUUCUGCUGGACUCGUGCCUUUCGCCAUUGGAGCCGAUGGAGGUGGUAGUAUUCGCAUCCCUUCGUCGUUUUGCGGUAUCUACGGAUUGAAGCCAUCUCAUAAUCGUCUCGAAGAUUUAGGAAGCACAGUCACCGUUAGUGGUCCUCUCGCCGCAACCGUCUCGGACCUGGAGAUCACUUAUCGAAUCAUGGCCGAGUCUGACCCCUCUGAUCCGACUUGCUCCCUAUUCACCAAACCGUGCGCCAAGCCUUCAGCCCACCGUCCAAAGAUCAUUGGUAUCUACAAAGAGUGGUUCGAACGUGCCGAUCCAGCUGUCUUGAAGCUUUGCAAUGAAGUCAUAACAUACUAUAAAGAGAAGCUCGGUUAUCAAGUCGUUGAAAUCACCAUUCCUUACGUUCCCCAAGGACAACUUGCGCACGCUUUCACCAUUCUCUCCGAGAUGGCAGUACGCGCUCGUGCGAAGCCUUUCGACCCAUCGAACUGGCUGGCUGGUCUAAACCCUGCGAAUCAAGUUCUUCUUGCUGUUGGUGCCCAGACACCGGCACAGGAUUACCUACUCGCACAGCAAUUGCGGAACAUGUUGAUGCAGCAUCUCGCAUUCUUGUAUCAGAAGUAUCCAGGUCUCGUGAUUGUUACGCCAACUUCACCCAUGGCAGGAUGGCCGAUUGCUUCGGAAGGCGAUCUGAAGUAUGGAAUCACAGACGGAAAUACCAGUAUCAGGAAUAUGGAGUAUGUCUGGCUCGCCAACUUUUGUGGCAACCCUGCGAUCUCAUGCCCUGUGGGGUACGUGGAGCCUAAGAAGGGUAAUGGACGUGUACCUGUGGGUAUCAUGGCUAUGGGAGAAUGGGGAUCAGAGCUGGGAUUGCUGGAAUGGGGAAGAGAGUGCGAGAAGUGGCUGAAUGAGGUUUCGCCUGAUGGACGACAAAGACCAAGCAAUUGGGAGGAUGUUGUUGUGAAUGCGCAAGGGAAGAUGGUUUCGUGA